GCCCGGUUCUUUCCAAAGGCCAGUCAGGCUGCUGAGGCCAAAGGAGCCAUGGCAUUAACUUGAGUUGACCCAUGAGUGCUGAUGCUGAAGGUGAGGAAGCAUCAAGGGAGGGCCAGUGCAUCAAGGACGUUGUGCGAUCCUUGAUCAAUGCCAAGGGGACAUCCUCAACCCAAUUGCAGCUUGCCAUUAACUCCUCUUUGAUGCAAGUGGCCAAGAAAAACUUUGACUUUGUGACGUUUGCUAUAUUUUCAGCCUUGGAGAAUGAGGACGCAGAUCAUCAGAGGCUGCAGUUGCUGCGGUUGCUUAGCCAACUGCUGGAGCAACGCGACCCUCGAAGCCUUGUGGUGCCGCGAACCCUAGCGAAGAAUAUGACAAGGCACUUGCUCUCGAAUCCUGGACAGCCUUCAGCUGACGUGCUUUGUGAGCUGGCACCAAUGCACCCAGAUUUGGUCUUGGGAGAAGUUUUACAAGGACUUUCCUCAGAUCUACCCAGUUUCUCCUUGGAGUUAUUGUCACAGGUUGCUGCUGCAUCUCCUGCCACUCUGAAAGAGCGCCUUAAUGAGGUCCUUUCCAAGUGCUUCAACUUGCUGCAGGGCUGCCGUGUAAUGGAUGUGCGCCUUUUACUGUUACGAACGUGGUGCUCCCUUUGCACUGCAAUUGUGAGUUGCCUUUUUCCCGAUGCCAGCCCAUUAGAUGCAGGCCACCCCUGCUUUUCGCGGCACUUCGCUGUGGCUGCCAGCCCCAUGCGUGUGCGACAGACAGCUGCAGAUCCAGACGGUCGCAAGACCACCCAAGUGAUCAGUGCAGUCUUUGCACUGCUGAUGAGUUCUUGGACCAAUUGGAAGGAUCAGAAUCUCCGAGUUGCGGUAGUGGACACUCUCGGGCAUUUGAGCUUGGUCAUUCCAAAGGAUCAAUUCUUGACCAAUGCUGAUGCAUUGUUGGAACACAUUGUUUUUCUCCUUUCGCGGCAGGGCUUAGCAUCCUCAUCAAGUCCUAUGCCACCUUUUGCACUAAUGCAGGGAACUUGCCUCGCCUUACAGGCAUGCGUAGAUGCCGACAGAGAACUACUCACCAUAGAGAAUACCUUUCAGACUCUUUGGUCUGCGCUCUUCAAUGCUGUCGUGGCUGGUGGACCUUUGCAGUAUCUUCACGGCCUUGGUCAAGAAGCCUUGCAGAGUCAGGCUGAACUCUUGCGGUGCAUGGAUGUUUUGGCUGAGAACUUUGGGACGGAGAGCUUGAACUUUUUAUUGCAGAAGGCAAAGGGCCACCGCGAGGAGCGGCUCGCUGCGCUUUUGGUGCUGCGACAGUUUGCAGGCAGCCUUUUGGCCAGCGGUAUUGUGGAAGGUGUCCAGCCGUUGCUUUCUGACACGGAUGCAGCUGUUGGCAUCAUGCUGGGGGAGCUGCUUGUGGCUUUAUCUCCUCGGCUGGCCGAGGUAGCAGCAUCCAAGCAAACUCAAGUGAACAACUUGAUUGGCUUUGUCAUCCGUCUGACCGCGCGGGCUCAGGUCGCCGACACCGAGCACGGCUACGUACCAAAAUUUGUCUCAAAGGGCUACUCUAACAACGAUGCGCCCUCGGCUGAAGAAGUCCGUAAGAGAGCAGGCUCAGUGCUGGGACAACUUGCUGGUGAUCCCAGGGGGUCAAUGAAUUUGGCUUUGUGGCCACUGCUGUUGAAAGCAAUGGUGAACCCCUCCAUGCUAUUGGGCUUGCCGAUCAUUUGCCGCUGUGUGACGCAGAUGGUGCAGUCUGAGCGAGAUGCUGCUGAACGAGAGGAUGCACCUGGAGGAGGAGUUCGUCAGGCUUUUCAAAAUUAUGGCCAGUCGGACAUGUUGCUGCUUUGGUUGCUGGUUUGUGCGCAUGCACCAAUUGAGCCCAUCGGGCUUGGCACUAGCAUACUUCGCUGCCUUGAAGCCUUAGCGGUCUUCCUCCAUCCAAUCCUUGGGCAAAUCUGGGAGGCUCCGUCAAAGCGCCUGCAGACACUUUGCGGCCAUUUGGAGG